CUUACCAUUUUCCACCAGCUACUCAUAAUGCAUUAAUCAUUAAUUGUGAGAUAUGCUCUGUAGUGGCUAGGGGAAACUGCGCUAGCAAAUCAUGCGUGGUCAUGCCUGCACAAGUUAAGUGAAAGAUCAGGUUUUUCUAUUUUUAUUCCUGUAGUGCUAUUACACCCUCUUACUGCUGAAGUCUUUUAGAAGGCUAUCAGUUUUCUCUUGCGCUUAGUUAGCACGUCUGCCAAGGAUGAGAUAUUUACCCUAAUUUUCUAAGCACAAAGAGCAGACAUAAUGUCAAAAGCUAAUAAAUUGCACAUAGAGAGAUUGUUUGAACCAUCUCCAUGCUGACAGUCAAUACGGUUAAUUUGAUUACACUGCAAGCACUGACCAUUUUGCAAAGUCUAUUUUAAAUUGCAAGUGAUCCUUGUUCUACUGAUAGGAAUCCCCUUCUUCAGUUCACAGUGCUUAGUUCCUAAAGCUGCUCCCUCUGCUGAACCUUAACAGUUACUAUUGCACAUUCUGUCCCAUUGUGUUCCAGGUGAUAAACAUAAUAAUGAAUCCUGCCUUGGCUGUGAACUUUACCAAAGAUGUAGCUCAGUGCUCAGCAAAAGGUGACUGGAGUAGCUUCUGAGAUGAGGAAGGGAUCUCUUCUAGCUGUGAUAAUCUACUGACCUCUCCUAUCUCCCCCUCCUCACUUAGAUCUUCCCUAAGAUCCAAGUGAUCCUUCUUCAAGCAUCUUCUUUCAGCUUUAGCAGUCACUUCAAUUUUAUUCUGCUUCCUAAGAAUCCUAAGCCACUAUCAUGCAAUGAUCUAUAGGUGUGUCUCCAGAUGGGAGCCCUGAAGCAUGAUCUACCCAAGCGCCGGGACAGCUUAGCCCAGCCAAGGUUCUCCAAGUAUUCAGCCUUUCCUGCCUUUGGCUUAAGCCAGCAGUCACAGUAUUGGCACCUAAGGCAUUCACAAAUGCAAUCUGUUGCAUUUGUGAGAAUUCGGGCUUUGAAGUCAGGAAUAAAACCUUCAUAUUUACAUUUAUUUGAAUAACUGCAUGUAGGGGAUGAGAAGAAAUCCCACUGUGACUGUGAUGCACUCACUGGUGUGCCUGUUCUCUCACGUUUCAGACGGUUUUAUAUGAUAGGAGCUCUGUGCCUAUCCUUACUAACUCCAGCAUGGUACCAAUUCUUGGCCUUGACCUAAAAGCAUCGCAUGAGAGAAGCAUCAAACUUAAACAGUGUAUUUGUACACAUUUUCCUUUCAUCCUUUAGCUGGAUUGCUGUUAUCUCCAUGUGGAGUGCGUGCUGCUAAUCUGGAGGAAUAAAGCAGUCCCAAACUCCAGGCCCUGAAGCACAUAAAGAAGCGCAGAGAAUACAAGGGCUGUAGUAAUGCCUCUGGAGUUGAACCAUCCUCCUUUCCCUCACCUUUCUACACAUCAGUGCAUUUCUCUAGUUCAUGAGGUGCUGAGGAAGAGAGCAAAGGUGACGCAGACCUUUCCUCGUGCUGAAAGUGAUCUUAAAGCACGAAGAAGAGAACAGCAGAAGUGUGUGGAAGUCAGGAGCUAAGCUUGAAACUGGGGUACACAGAGCCGCUGCAGAGGAAAGCCUUUGUUUCCCAUCCCCGUCCUCAGCUUUCCGGCUGUUAUUCAGCACAUGCCCUCCCUCACAUCCAGCUGACUUCCUGAAGCCCUUUCACAAAGCAGGCCUUAGCGUUUUUCAUCUGUGCAGGAGCGAUAUGGAGGCCAAAAGUGCCUUUUUCUCAUAAUUUGGGAGGGCAGGAUGUAAAACGCAGGCGGGGCAGGAAAAGCUGAGAUAAGCCCAAAGAGGGCUGCACUGGAGGACAGGCACACGAAGGCAGGGGGGUGACUGCCUCAACUGCGAGCUCGCACUUGCUCACAACAUAAGUUGAAAACCACGAGGCAGACACUUAAUACUCAUAUAGACCUCCUGAGGGUCUCACCUGGGGCCCUGGGAUACUGGGAGGCUCAAAGCUCAAUUUAGAUUUUUAUUUCUUUAUUUUUUCCUUCAUCUUGGGGUUUUCUAGGAAAUGCUUAGGUUAUGCCUUCGUGGUUACUUCAGAAUUGCUUCGUGCUCAUUCUCAUUAUGGAAGUCUGAGGGAUGUUGGAGGAAGCGAGGUUGCUCAGCUACCUGCCCUGUUAGCUGCCACCAGCGAACCGUUCUCCUGUAGGGUGUGAGCACAGUAAUCUCAGCCAGAAAACCCGUCUAAAGCAAUAACAACAGCAGUCAAGCUAAGCACGGGCUUCCGCCAGCUGAUCCGCGCUGCGAAGCUGCCGUUCCCCACUCUGGGGUGGGGCUGCCGGAACUCACCGCCCCACCCGGACCCGCGGGCAGUCCGACAACACAGGGACAGCUGGAGGGAUCGGGGAUCUCGGUGUGGGAGGAGAGCAUCGUGCUGCGCGUCUCCUUUGUGUGCAGCGGCUGCGUGCCCGGGCGCGAGGCGUGGCUUGGCGGUGCAUUUCCGCGCUGCUCGGCACCCGGCAGCUCUUGGUGGGAGUGGGAAAUUGGAGCUUUGUGGGGUGCGGGUGGUUGUUGGUGUUGGGUUUGGAGGUGGUGUAGCUGUGCUCAUGGACUAGCCGUAGACGGUGAAAGGAUUCCGGAAGCGUGUUCGACGUCGUUUCGUUCUCCUUGUAACUUAGCGAAACUUGGCGAGCAGCUACCGCCCGGACGCCGUGUGAUAAAAGAUGCACUAUUACCGAUAUUCUAAUGCAGAAGUCAGCUGUUGGUACAAAUAUUUGCUCUUCAGCUACAACAUUGUCUUCUGGCUAGCUGGCAUGGCAUUCCUUGCAGCUGGACUGUGGGCAUGGAGUGAAAAGGGUGUGUUAUCUGACCUAACAAAGGUGACUGGUCUUCAUGGUCUUGAUCCAGUGGUGCUUGUCUUAGUCGUGGGAAUUGUGAUGUUUACUUUGGGAUUUGCUGGUUGUGUGGGAGCUCUGAGAGAAAACAUCUGCCUUCUGAAGUUUUUCUGUGGAACGAUUGUAUUUAUAUUUCUGUUGGAGCUGGCAGUGGCAGUUCUGGCUGUCUUGUUCCAGGACUGGGUGAGGGACAAAGUCAAGGAGUUCUUUGAGAAUAACAUUAAGUCCUACCGAGAUGAUAUUGACCUCCAGAACCUCAUUGAUUCACUACAGAAAAUUAACCAUUGCUGUGGUGCCCAAGGCCCGGAUGACUGGGAUUUCAACAUAUACUUCAACUGCAGCAGUGAAAGCAAAAGUCGUGAGAAAUGCGGUGUUCCAUUCUCCUGUUGUAUACCUGAUCCUGCUCAAAAAGUUGUGAAUACACAGUGUGGCUAUGAUGUCAGAAAAAAGAGCAAGAAUCAGUGGGAUGACCAGAUCUUCAUCAAGGGUUGUAUUGUUGCUCUGGAAGCUUGGUUGCCUCGAAAUAUCUACGUUGUUGCAGGUGUCUUCAUAGCUAUCUCCCUGCUACAGAUUUUUGGAAUUUUCCUAGCCAGGACAUUGAUUUCUGAUAUAGAAGCUGUAAAGGCAGGCAAUGCCUUCUGAAUAUAAAAUCAAACACAUGUUGCAAAAAGUAUAUCUUAUUAUUCUUGAUCAGACAUGAAAGUGGAAAGAAAUGCGCAGACCGUGAAAUACUCCUGGUGUUAAAAGUGGAUCUUACCUGCUCAUGGGUUUUGCUACAAGCUGGUACAAAAAUGAAUCUCCAGCCCAUCUGUUUGCCUUUUUUCUUAUGAGACAACUCAGUGCAUCAGAACUGAUCUCUGGUGAGGAAGAAAUGGGAGUUUCCCAAGUUGGCAGAACAGAUUUUAAACUUGGAGGAAGGAGAAAUGGAAGUGCUUUAAGCUCCUUCCUUGAAGAAUUACCAUGAAGAUUGUUCUGAUUUUACUCCGAACUGUCAUUGCUUUCAGUGUUGUAAUCUCUUCAGAAGGCCUGCUGAUCUCUUGAGAAUAUUGAAAAGGUUUUAAUCUCUGCAGUAGACUCGUGCAGUCGUUUGGGCAAGAUGACCAACAACCGUCGUCAUCGUGGUAUUGGAAAUUGAAGCAAACAUCACAAAUUUUCUAGUUCUUUUGUUAACGGUUGUGCAGAAAUGGGGAAUGUUUCUGUUUGACUGGGAAUGAUGUAGAAGUCUCAGAAGCAGAAACUUACGUUCAGCCUCGGAUAGCUUGAGUAACCCAAGCAGUUAUGAAAAUGCACGAGGGGACAAGUCUGACUCUAUGGCAUUAUAUGUUAGCAGUCUCCAUUUCAGGCAAGGGAAUGUGAAUCCCUAGUGCUGUCUGGAGAAAAUGUAAAUAGUCUUUAUUUAUAGAAAAAGGAAAAAACUCUUUAAAAAUGUGUAGCUUUUUAUUGUUCAGUGCUAUUUUUUAAAAAGUGCUGCCCACAGAAGUUUGGAAGUGCAGUUUGUUUCGGUAGUUAGCAAGCUUGCUAAUGCUAGCUUUGGACUUGUUUUCCUUUUUCCUUUCCUCUGGUUUCUUUCAUGUUUGCUAUGCUGAUUAUUACAAGCCCUAAUUGCUAGUAUCAAAGCUGAUGAAAACAUUCAGAUGCAGCAUUAAUCACUACUGGUCUGUUUUUUUUCUUAAAAAUCAGGAAGUCUGCAUUUAGUAGAACACUAGCUUAUGAAUUUUUUAUGAAUCUUCUAUCAAGUUACUAAAUCAUCAGUUCUGUUUGUUUUCUAAUAUGUGGUUCAAAUGCCAAUCACAGUGUGCUGACGAGAACCAUUUCUUCACAGUUUCUUAUGGUAUCAAACUGAAGUACUUCUGCUGAAAUAACUUUUGUGGGUUUUUACUGUUUUUACUUUUACCGGAAGAAAACCAAAUUCUUCUUCCCAUCCUUUUUUUCCUGAAGUUCAGUAAGAUGUCCAGUCUUCUCUGAAAAUCUUUGGAUUAGGAUUGCAGUGGCUGCAAAAGCGCGGCCAUGCCUGGCAUACUAUUGUAAUCUAUCAAAGAUGGAUGUAUAUGGAUGAAAACUUCUAGGAAGUAGUUGUUGGUUUUACAGUAGGCUGUAUGACUAACAGCGUUUACUGCUUCCAGUGGCACCCAUUUUUUCAGGGAGAGCAAACUUUUUUUUUAUAGUGCCUGAGAGUGUAAAUUUUAAAGAAGUAUAUAUUUUUCUAAUGAUAUUUUACUACGUGUAGUCUGUGUGAAGGACUUGAUAGUUGUAUUUCCAAAGUAUAUGGCCACCUUAGGAAACCAAACUCCUAGAUAUUUCAUUUCCAUUUUUGUAUUAUGCAUGUAUUGCUGAACGGUUCACUGGCAGAAGCUGACUUGCAGUAAGAAUCUUUGUGUUGGUUGUCCAGAUGUUCUUCUAGCUCUUCAGCCUGUGAAACUCUUCGCAGGCAAUGCUGUACUUCUCAUGUAUAUUUCAAUGCAGCUUUGAUAGUUCUUUUUCUGGCUAGUGAUUGAGACAGAAGAGGACAAGGAAGCUUGUCUAAAGUUGGCCGAUUUCCUUAGAACAGAGAACAGUCCAAUAUUAUUCAUCUGAAAAACCUGUAAGUAAAAUCUAUAGAAGUGCACUGUGAUACUUUUUUAGCUUCAUUAUGCAACAAGGGAAAAAUAGCUGUAGAUCAAUGAAGGGAGGGCAAGGUGCAUUUCUUCUGCAGAGCCUUGAACUUGUGGUCUGUAUUACCUAUUUGCUGAAUGUAGUCCAUUAGGAGCAGCCAAACGUUUGCUGCAGUUACUGCUACUUUGCAAGCAACAAAGUGGUGUUCUGUAACAUUUGCUUUUAACUCUGGUGCUCAAAACAAUUACAACACCUCGUCAACCAGCUUUUGCUCUAUUCUGUGUAAUAAUCUGGUGUAUGUAAGAUUGGAGAACGCUUCCUGUUGUAACUUUCUGUUUGUAAAACAUCGUGUUGAAAAUUGCAUCACGGGAGUACAUUUCAUUUUGCCAUUUUUUGACACAAGGCACGUAGUGCUGGAAAGUUGUUUCAAGAGUGGAUGAAAAUCAUCAUGGCUUCAGCGAGGUCACUGUGGAGUUCAUGCACUGAAGUUAGCUGCCACCAAGGGCCUGUUCCAUCUAUCGGAAUUCCACUGUCUGUGGAUCCUUGCCAAGAUGUCUGAGAUGAAUGAAUGCUUGAUUUCUUUUGGUUCUCAGAUGAUCUGGUUUGUAUGCAAAGCAGAAUUUAAUCAGCAUUGUCUUUCUGCAGUUUGUUCUUAGUGGCCUUGGCCAUGUUAACACCAGCUUUGUAUCAGUACUCUUCGGAAUCUUUUGGAACUGAAUUCAAGAGAGCAAGUUCAACCUAUCUGAGGCUCUUUACAUUCAUGAACAUUUGUUUUCACCGUGGAUAACCUCCUCUGCAUUUAUUCAGUAAAAUUUUUUAAAAUCCUGUGGCUGUAGGCUGUUUUACCUCUAAGCAUUUAAACCGCCGCCCCCGGUGGUGGUACAUGUGGCUACUGUAAUUUCAGACUUGGAAUGGGAAUACUUUCUUAACAUUUUUUACUUAGAGUUUUAUUUAGCACCUUUUGUAUGGACCCACAGUGACUUCAUGCCUAACAGUUUAGCUUAUGGUUUAAACAAGGCUUGUCAGAAUAAGCAGUUGAGUGUGAGCCUGCUCUAAAGCCCCGAAGGAGAACAAAAUCAACAGUUUUGCAAGGAUAGGUUUGAUAAAUUGUUGAUGUUGAGAUUUCAUUGGUUGCCUUUGGAACAACUCCACUAACACUACGGCGAAAACAAGGCAUUUAAUGAAGAUAUCAAAUAUAAGAUCAGACUUGAAUAACCGGACUGAGCGAAGGGAACUUGUCAACGUGUGAUCAUUUUUAUUUAUCAGAAAUGAGCACAAUAUAUUUCUGUGAAGCAAUGUAUUUAUUUCUCAAUUGGUUCUCACAACGCGACUGCUCUUGUUUCUUACGCGUGUUUGAACACUGUUAGUUUGUUUACAGAAAGGAGGAUGAUUACGAGCACAAAUAAGAGUGCAGUGACCAAAGGAGCUUCAGUCACCUCUUAAAAGUCUGAAUAUUACUUGCCAAGGGGUCUUUAUUUCUGUUGAUUCUUGUACAGUGCCAUGUGGUUAGAUUUGUACCUCAAGUACUUUGAGGUUCACGUGGCAAUUGGUUUAUAUAUAGCAUUGCCUUGCUUUUUUGUCUCUUCACUCCAUCCUUUCCUCUUCCUUCCCAUACUGCCUGUGGGUUUUCAUGCAGCUUGAAUGUUUAUCCUGUGUAAGGGGAGGUCAUGUCUCUUCUGAGAUGGCUUUUCUGAGUGACUUUUGGUAUACAUAUAUAU